UGUCUCAAUUGUAAAACGUAUCGAUCCCCAAUGUCUACUGAAGGAGAUUGUACAAACAUGGAGGAAGUAGAGAUAAAAAAGUGGAAGGAGACAAUGAACAAGAAGAGCCUCAAAGAAAGAAAGACAUCAAUGGCUAACUCACUCACUAUUGAGGCUGGAAUAGUUUCCAACAUCACUAAUCACUCUUCAAAGUUGGGUUGGAUGGCUACUCUUGCUUUGGCAUUUCAAAGUUUGGGAGUUGUAUAUGGUGAUAUUGGAACAUCUCCACUUUAUGUUCUUGCAAGCACCUUUCCAAAGGGUAUUGAUCACACUGAUGACAUUCUUGGGGUCUUAUCUCUCAUAUAUUACACCAUUUUGGCACUCCCAUUGCUCAAAUAUGUCUUUAUUGUACUUAAGGCUAACGACAAUGGCAACGGUGGGGCAUUUGCACUAUAUUCAUUGCUAUGUAGGCAUGCCAAUGUGAGUUUGAUUCCAAAUCAACAACCAGAGGACAUGGAGCUUUCUAACUACAAAUUAGAAACACCAUCUAGCAACCAACAAUUGAAGAAGAAGCUUGAAAAUAGUCAUUUUGCACGUGUUCUUCUUUUAUUUAUGACUAUAUUGGGAACUACCAUGGUUAUAGGUGAUGGGGUUUUCACUCCACCAAUGUCAGUUAUUUCAGCAGUAAACGGAAUCAGUUCUAAAUUGGGUCAAGAAGGAACUUUCAACAAAGAGAUGAGUUGAUGGCUAUCCCUCGCAAGAAGCUUGUAAAGGUUGGAAUGACAUAUGAAAUAUGAUGCUCAGGAAAUGAAGAUAUAUAUGAAACUGGUAUUUUAUUAAAGAAAUAAUUAGAGUUGUACUUUACAUUUUGUUUGCUUGUCGUGAAGCUUAUUUUAAUAUGUAAACUUU